AUGGCCCAGGCCUCCCCGAGUAGAACCCCAGUGCUGCCAGACAGAUGCCUCAAGAGAGCCCGUCUGCUGCGAUCUCCUCCUACAACGCCUACUCCGGUGUUUCGCCUGUUUUCGCUGGGCAGCGUGGCGAGAAGACGAAACCGCUACCGCUUGGCGUCGCCCGGUCCAGAGAGCGACCCGGUGCUGCAACUCAGCGACCUGGAGUUCCAGUUCAGCACACCCUCUUGCCUGGAUGCCUCCGACUCAGAGUCGCUUCCGGAGCUUGUCGAAGACCUGUCGACGCCCAGCACGCUCCAGAGCCCGGCCACGCCGUUCCGCCCGAAAUUGGUCCACAAAAUCAUCGUUUACGCCGAUGCCCAAAACACAGUGGUGCCGAGGGAAAAGACCCCCGUGUGCCGCAAACCACUCUCAUACCGCCACGCCUUGCUAGUGCACGGCAACGAGAAAGCCGCCCACCUCGCCAUGCAAGGUGCAUACCUAGACGAGCCCACGCCUGAAAACACCCUGAACGUGCUCCAUACAUGCCUCCUCGUUAAUAAGCUUUUCCACAGAGUCGCCAAGGAGGUGCUUGGCGAGAAGCUUUUCUUCACUGAUGAGCGCACUUUCGGCAAGUUCAUUGAUCCAGCCAAACCCCAGCACUUUUACGACGGCAUGUCCCCAAAAACCUUGGUACUUUCCAAGAUGUUCUAUCUUCGCCAGGCUCACUUCGCGCUGGUUUGUGAAAAAUUGGACUUAUCCAGGCUCGAGUGGCUCGAGCUCUACAUGUGCCCUAAAGUCGCACCCACCGUCUCUUUUUUGCAACCGUCCCUCAAGACAUUGAUUGUCACUGGGUCCAAGGCACUAGACGACUUUGCCCUUGUGGAGGUGGCCCAACGCUGCCCAAACCUCCAAGUUUUGGAUGUCAGGGCCUGUGAAAACGUCACCGACCACGGCAUCUACAGCAUAGGCCAGAAGUGCAAGAACCUCACCACCCUCAACCUCGGCCGCAAAAAAAGAGGCCAUUUAAUUACCGACCACAGUGUCUGUGCUGUGGCCGUCAACAACCCCAGAUUGACCACUGUGGGUGUAGCCGGGUGCUACAUCACCGAUCGUUCAAUUUGGCAACUCACUCUCACCUGUGGAAAGCGCUUGCAGAGGCUUUCCUUGAAUAACUGUCCCUACGUUAGCGACCAGCUGGUGCCGGUAGUGCUCCACCACAACUUGUUGCAGAAUCUCACUGUGCUCGAGAUCCGGUUCGUCAGUAGAAUUACAAACUUUGAGCCAAUAAUCGCCUACAAGAGACGCCAGGCUGCUCGUGGUGUCAAUGUGCUUGUUGAAACCUGCGAAGAGCUCUUUGUGCGCAUGAGGGACCAGGCCAAGAACAUGGACCGGGUCAUUCUGGAGCGAGUUGUGAGAGACAUCAGCGAAUGGGCUAACGGAAAAGACGACGACAUGGCAGCCGCAGACCUUCUCAGAACCAGAAGUAACGUUGCUGGAAUCAACGGAUUCGAUCACGGCAUCAACUUACUCGAACCUGCCCGUGUCUCCGCCCUAGAUCACGACAAACACUUGACUCUGCAUCCAUCCAAGUUGGACCUCAUAGACCACACAACACUUACAUCGCUACCGCUUCCUCCGCCUCCAGCCCGUUCCAGACUCAAAAGAGGCCACCUGGCACCCUUGUGUCAGACUACAUCAAAAAAGCUUUCGAGAGACCCCAGUGGCUCGCUUAACGAGACGCUCCUUGAGGAACCAGACAUUGCUGACGUGACAAUAACAUCUGAGUACGUGGAUGAGACUUUUGAAGACUCUGAGGACCUUAUCGUCUUGGUCGAAGACUACAUGGCCUCUCACGACAUUGGCAGGCAGUUGGAUAGGAAGAAGUCGCUCCUCUCGUUUAAGAAGCGUCUACACGGUGACCGCGGUUCCGUGAAUUCCGACCAGUCUCCCAGUAAAAGACUUGAAUUGACCGAAGCAAGAGAUCACGAGAACUUGGAAGCUAUCUUUGGAAGAAUCCCCGGAACAGACCGUCUCAAACACUGCUGUCUAUGUGACCGUCCCCUAUACGAAAUCAGCUCCAUCCUCGGCAACAGUGAAUCCGUACGCAGAGGAAACUGCAAAUCAAAUCAGCUUUGUGACGAGUUCGUCUGCUGGGACUGCGUCGACGUCUACGAACUAUUUUUGAGCGAACUUGGCGAGAUGGAAGCUCAUGACGAGCAGGCCAAAGUCGAAUCCACAAAGCGCCUUAUGGACAUUUUUACCAGCAUCAAAGACAACUCUCAACCUCCCCCUACUGACAGUUCGAAAAACUUCUCCACUGGUCUAAUAGAACAGCUUCAUCACUUGAGUGAUGUUGCAACGCUGGAAGAGAAGGAGCCAGACUGGCUCGUAACGCUCAAACACAAGCUAAGGUGGAGAUGGCGUAUAAAUGGGCUUUUGCCAAACCCAUUUAGUCAGAGUCUGGUUAAGCAGACCUGA